GCUUGCAUUGAAAUAGCACACAUAAACCCUGGAGGGUAUGUGCAGGAGUGUGUGUUACAGCCUUUUACUGAGAGGUAAGAAGAUCACAGGUGUAUCUGACUUAUAACUUCCCAGAAGAUCCAUCGUCCUGACUGUGCUGAGGGACGUGGCCCUUUCAACUGAGACUGCAAAGGAAUGCACACUCAGCGUGUCACUUGGUGAUGAGUGAUGCAUUGUCAUGGCUAUGGCACAGUGUGCAAGGUGACUCUUCUGAAGCAUGACACUGAGAACCCAGAAGGAGGCUGACUAUUCUUCCUGUGGCCACAAUGCUGACUGCCCGUCUCUCCAGACCCUUGUUGCAGCUCCCAGGGAAAACUUGGAGUUUCUCUGGUAGAGAAAAUGAAAUGAGACACACAUUGCUGUCCUCCACCUCUUCAGUCCCUGUGGCAUGCAGGACCUAUGCUGCAGACACUGUGAGCCCGGUUGGCAGCAAAGCUGUCCUGGUCACGGGCUGUGACUCUGGAUUUGGCUUCUCCUUGGCUAAGCAUCUGCAUUCAAAAGGCUUCCUUGUGUUUGCUGGUUGCCUGCUGAAGGACAAAGGUGAUGAUGGUGUCAAGGAGCUGGACAGCCUGAAGAGUGAUCGGCUGAGAACCAUCCAACUCAAUGUUUGUAAGAGCGAGGACGUAGAGAAAGCAGUGGAGACUGUGCGCUCAAGCCUGCAGGACCCUGAGAAAGGCAUGUGGGGCCUGGUUAACAACGCAGGCAUCUCAACAUUUGGGGAGGUUGAAUUCACCAGCAUGGACACCUACAAGGAGGUGGCAGAAGUGAAUCUCUGGGGCACAGUGAGAAUGACAAAAUCCUGUCUCCCACUCAUCCGAAGGGCCAAAGGCCGAGUGGUCAACAUUAGUAGCAUGUUGGGCCGCAUGGCUAACCCGGCCCGCUCCCCCUACUGCAUCACCAAGUUCGGGGUGGAGGCCUUCUCUGACUGCCUGCGCUACGAGAUGCACCCCCUCGGCGUGAAGGUGAGCGUGGUGGAACCUGGCAACUACAUCGCGGCCACCAGCCUCUACAGCCCUGAGCGCAUCCAGGCCAUUGCCAACCGGAUGUGGGACGAGCUGCCCGAAGUGGUGCGCAGGGACUACGGCCGCAAGUACUUCGACGAGAAGAUCUCCAAGAUGGAGAACUACUGCAACAGCGGCUCCACCGACACAUCCCCAGUCAUCGACGCAGUCACCCACGCCCUGACUGCCACCACCCCCUACACCCGCUACCACCCUAUGGACUACUACUGGUGGCUGCGAAUGCAGAUCAUGACCCACUUGCCGGGGGCGGUCUCUGACCGGAUCUACAUACACUGAUGUCGCCUGCUGGCCUGUAAGGGGAGCCCCUGGGAGGGACCGGGAAGGGGAGGGUGGACAUCUUGUGUGGUCGCCUCUUGUGAAUUAGCCAUUAGACCCCGUUUUAGUUUUAACGUGAGAGGUUAGCCCUGCCUAGCCAGUAUGCACCAGGGGUGCUUCGGAUCUUCUCAACAGGCAGUGAACAUCGGCAGGACCCCUAGACCUCAGGACAAACGUGGUGCAUCUAUCUUUCUGGAGAUGAUUUAACACACAGGUUUUAUUUUAUUUUAUUUUUUCCCCUUGGGGAAGGGGUGGGGGAAAACGUCUUUAGGUUAAAGCCAGCUUCAUUAUAAAAUAGAACCCAAGCCCUUUACAUUUUUAAAGACAAAAACAUCAGCUCAGAAUUUUUAUCAUGUUGGAUCCAUAAGCCUCACAAGUUUAUAAAACAAAAUAAAACGUUUUUUCUCUUUUGUA